AUGAGAAAUUCCAGGGCCGGCAGGAGGGCCCUUGCCUCUUCACGUGACCAGGCCCCUGCUCCUGCACGUGACCAGGCCCCUGCUCCUACACGUGACCAGGCCCCUGCUCCUGCACGUGACCAGGCCCCUGCUCCUGCACGUGACCAGGCCCCUGCUCCUGCACGUGACCAGGCCCCUGCUCCUGCACGUGACCAGGCCCCUGCUCCUGCACGUGACCAGGCCCCUGCUCCUGCACGUGACCAGGCCCCUGCUCCUGCACGUGACCAGGCCCCUGCUCCUGCACGUGACCAGGCCCCUGCUCCUGCACGUGACCAGGCCCCUGCUCCUGCACGUGACCAGGCCCCUGCUCCUGCACGUGACCAGGCCCCUGCUCCUGCACGUGACCAGGCCCCUGCUCCUGCACGUGACCAGGCCCCUGCUCCUGCACGUGACCAGGCCCCUGCUCCUGCACGUGACCAGGCCCCUGCUCCUGCACGUGACCAGGCCCCUGCUCCUGCACGUGACAGGAGUAACUCACACGGCUCUAUCCCUGUCUGA